GUGAAUCAGCUGGUGGUGAGGCACUGAGGUGAGGGGCGGAGGUGUUUAUGUUGUGAGGUGCUGUUCAGUGGGUGUCACUUCUCAUGGCAGCACUACUCCAGUGGAGGCGGUUUGGCUUCUUCGAUGUUAAGGCCAACAUUGACAGCGGGAAAUUAGCGGAAGCAGUGAAGGAUUCAGAUGUAACAUGUACGGCAGCCGGCAGAGGUCACGUAUAUGUGGGGGACUCGAGUGGGUGGGUCCAUAGCCUCACACGACAACUAAAACUAGAGUCAUUCCAAGCACAUGAUCGAGCAGUUAACUCGAUCACUACGUUUGAUCAUGCCAGCGUCAUCAUCACUGUAGCCGAAAAGAGUGAUGGCACCUCAGAGAUCAAAGUGUGGGCUCCAGACAAGCCAGAUGUUCAUGGUCAUCCAGUAUGUCUGCGAACCCUCUGCCCGGACCCGAGGCCUCCUCAUGCUGGGUCUAGGUCAAGCUCAGUACCUCAACAGGCAGUAAAGAUGCCCAAAGUAACUGCCAUAGCUGUUCACCCUAACUUGUCCCUGAUGGCUGUGGGGUUUUCUGAUGGUGCAAUAAUGCUCUACAGAGGUGAAGUGAGUCGUGAACGAGGUAGCAAACAUCGGGUCCUUUUGACAGUUUCCAGUGGCAUCACAUCUCUACACAUCCGCCACACCACACGCUCAACUCACCUCUUCGUCACCAGUCACACCAAUAUUUACUGCAUAAACUGUACUGUCAGAGACAAAGAAACUACUGUGGAGCUAGACUCUGUGGGGUGUCAGCCGGGCUGUGCAACUCUGGCAGAUGGUCGACAUGAGCAUCACUUAUUGGUGGCCAGACCUGAUGCAAUAUACAGUUAUACAAGUGACAGUAGAGGAUCGUGCUAUGUCUUUGAGGGAGAGAAGUCGUUGGUUGCAUGGUUUAGGGGAUACCUUAUUGUUGCAGCUGCUGACAAAGGGGUACCAGCCAGCAGAGCUAGUGAACGAAGCAUCACAAUCUAUGACCUGACCAACAAAUUAGUAGCAUUAAGUACCAGAGUACAAGGAUUAGCUGGUGCUGUGGGAGAGUGGGGAGGCCUCUACCUAGUGACCACAGAACCUUCCUUGAUCCACAUGUCUGAGAAAGAUCUGCACAGCAAAUUCCAACUCCUUUUCAAGAAGAACCAAUUUGAUAUAGCUAUAAGUCUGGCCAAGACCCAGUGUUGUGACCAGGAAGAAGUGGCAGAGAUCUUGCGACAGUAUGGAGAUUGGCUAUACAGCAAAGGGAACCACCCAAUUGCCAUGGAUCAGUACAUCAAGACCAUCCCCCACCUUGAGCCUUCCUAUGUCAUAAGGAAGUAUUUGGACACGCAGCAUAUUAACAACUUGACUACAUACCUGCAAGCAUUACACAAAUCUGGGUCAGCCACUGCCGACCACACCAGCCUUCUGCUCAACUGCUACACACGUUUACGAGACACACAGCAACUGGAUGAAUUUAUCAUGAGCAAGGACGGCGCUGUUGACUGUGACGUGGAGCUUGGUGUGCGUGUGUGCCGUAGUGCAGGUUACUAUGACCAUGCUCUUGCCCUGGCAGCCAAACACAGUCUUCAUCACCACCAUUUAGCAAUCCUAAUUGACGACAAGAAAGAUUAUGUGGCUGCUUUAAGAUACAUUUCAACACUGGAAUUGGAAGAAGCUAAGGCCAAUGUUUUGCGUUAUGGGUCAGUUCUGUUGAGUCAUGUGGCGGACGAGACUACAGAGCUGUUGAUCAGACUCUGUACCGACUAUAAACCAACUAAUUCACCCAUCAUUAAAGAGGGAUCUUUGGAUGGGUACCUCACCCCAGAGGAACCAGUAUAUGCAGAUCCUGAAGACUUUGAGUAUAUGCUCGUAGGCCACAGUGAACAAGCCAUCAUGUUCCUGGAGAAGAUGGCCACCAUACCUGGCAAACUCUCCAUCAAGUUAUACACCACUUUGUUGGCCGAAUACCUACACCAGUACAGUCUUGCUCCUGAAGGUCAGGAACAAGUGGCACUAGGGGAGAAGGUGAUGGAACUUUUACGCAGCUCGGAUAACGAAUACUGUCGAGAUCAUGCGCUGCUGCUGUGUGAUAAGCAUAAGUUUCAUGAUGGAAAGCUCCUUCUGUGGGAACAAGCUGGAAUGUACGAGGAAUUGCUGGCCUGGUAUGCCGAGCUUGGAGACAUGGACAGCAUGUUAGCCGUCUGUUUUAGGAAGUCACAGCAGCAGCCUCGUCUCUGGUGUUCAGCCUUGAAACUUCUCACAUCAGAAUCGUCUCUCACUCCUCCUGAUCCACAACACCUCAUGAACUGCCUUAAUAAUAUAGAGCAAAAGGGUUUACUGCCACCACUGGAAGUAGUGGACCAACUUGCCACAUCUCCACACAUCUCCCUGGGCCAGGUACGAGAGUACUUGCUGAGGGUCGUGUCCACCCACUCGGCCACCCUUGCCUCCGAGACUACACGCACUCAGCAGUAUUCUGAGGAGACGGCCAGGAUGAGGGAGACCAUCCGUGAGCUAAGAACUAGUGCCACGCCGUUCACAGCCACAAAAUGCAACAUCUGUAACAAUGAAUUGGAGCUGCCGUCUGUACACUUCCUCUGUAGGCACUCCUUCCAUCAACAUUGUUUUGAGAGCUACAGUGAGAGUGACUCUGAGUGCCCUGUCUGUUUACCUGAAAACAAGAAGAUGCUGGAAGUUAUCAGAGCACAGUGUUAUGGUGUGAUUUUACCCUUACAGGAGACUCACCGCAGCCAGCACGACCAAUUCCACGAACAGUUGGAACGAUCGACAGACUCGUUCUCCGUGGUUGCGGACUACUUGGGACGAGGGGUGUUCACUCACCUUCACUCCCUGGCAGCCAUGUAUCCUCCGCUCAAUACUACUAAAAACCAGAGUAAAGUUGUCCCCAAAGCAGCUGCAGCUACUAAUGUAGGCCAGGAUGUGGCAGACUCUGGCUCAGAGGCCCGCAUUAGAACCACUGAGUUCCGUCCCAAGCUCAGCAAGGGGCUGGUUGUUCCUGAACCUGAGGGGAGAUUGAGAGCAUUAGAAAGGGUGAGCCAGGAACCAGUUGGUGUUGGUGGGGAAGGUCGACUGAGGAUGAGUGAGCGUCAUGGACAGGGGGUAAUGAAGUCGGAACCAGAGGGCCGGCUGCGUACAGAGGGUCGUGGUGGAAUAGCAAAGUUUCCUUCAGAUGGCACUUCAAAAGCCAUGAAUGCUCCUGCAGAAGGAAGAGUGCGUCAGGAAAACCCAAGUGAUAUAUUGACAAGUCCUACAGAAGGUCGGUUGAGAUCUGGGAUAACUUCAAGCAUGGCCGUCCCCACAGCUGAAAGUAGAAUAAGAGCCAAUGAAGCUAAGAGAAUGGGAGGCGGUGCCGGUAAAUUUAGCCCGUCCCUGCACGACCACAUCACGGGGUCACCCACGCCUGCCCUAGACAGAGACCUCAAGAAAACCUCCCCUGUGGAAAGCAUAUCAACAGCUCUUACCGGCACUCAUAUUUCACGACCCAAGACUUUGACCGACAACCCAUUUCAGGAGGAUAAUGCUAGUGUUUCUAAUCCAUUUGGUGAUGACUUUGAGACAGAGCACAUGGAAAAUAAUCCUUUUGCAGAGGAGUAUGAUGAAUCCAAAAACCCAUUUGCAGAAGACUCCCCUAGAAAUAUGACUCCUGGUGAUAUAAACCCAUUUGCCAAAGAUGAUUAUGAAUCUCAGCUGAAUCCUUUUGGGUAAUAAUAGAAAAAGUAAGGAGAGGCAGGAGGUUAACUAUUCUGACAAUGUUGCAUUACGGCGGAGACGGCCAUAAUGCUUCUUACGUAAGACUCAGUAUCCGCACUGCAUCUUAAUUUUUUAAAUGGACAGUGUAAUUGUUAUACAGUAUAUAUGUGUAAACACUGGAAUUGCUACCUUUUGGGUAAAACUUUGCUAAAUUAACUUGGUUUUAAAUGUGAGAAAUACUCUAAUGGAUUCAUUUGCUUAAAUAUCUGCCAAGUUACUGCUAUUCAUAUAAGUAUAAAACAUUUAUUUACAAAUAAUCAUUAUUCUGGUGAGGCAACUAAUGAACCCAACCAAUAAAAAAUGAGAGAAUGCCAGAUAGUGUUUCACAAACAGAUGUACAGUGGUCAUGUUGUGUUAGUAAAUGAAUUUGAACAAUUAAACACAUCAGUUGACCCUUAACCCCUUGUGUACGGGCCUCCCUCAGUGCUGAAUAAAAUUGGCCAGCAUUAGCCAAAUAAAAUAUUAUUAGUCCCUUAACGAAGAGUUUAAAUGGCGAUCAUCAUGUUCUCAGCAUUCCAGUAUUUGCACAUAUGGGGCCAGACAAGAAAACCCUUACCAGCUGUUUAAGAGAACCUAAAACAAAACAAAAUAUAUGGUACACACGUAUUACUGUAUUGGAGCUUUGGGGAAGAUAACUGUCUCGGUGGAAACUUUUUACUGCAUUGAAGAAGACUGUCAGAAUAACUGUAUCUUCACUUGCUCUUGUAAAUACUGUACUGUACUGGAUUAUAAAUUGCCAACCUUCAUUUUGCCAGGAGUAGAUAGAGAUGAUUUUGUAUGGCCUGUCCCUCUUAUGUGUAGUACUUUAUUAGUUUUUUUGUAAAAUAUUUUAAUUCAUAGCUAAUUGGAGGCAGUCCCUGAAUUACAAAAGUACGGAUUAUGUAAAUCUGAAGUUACGAAAAAGUAAAUUUCGUCCCAGGAUUCAAUUUACUAUAGAAAAAUCUGAAGUUACAAAAACGUUUUUUUUGUCAUAUUUAACUUUUUUGUAAGUAAUAAUGAAAAUGCAUUUGUUUUUGUUUCUACUACCAACAUAUCUACUUAUUCAUUAAAUUAUUUACUUAUUCUCUAACACUCACAAUGCUGCUAAGUUUACAAAUAAGUUUUCAGUAUGUCAUCAAUCUAUCACCACCAUAACUUACUCCUCAAACUAACUGGGAACAAGUAGACUUGUCUCCACCAACACAGUCACUGAGUCAGUUGCAUGAUUGUACAGGUGUACAUAUUGGUAAAUUUUUUAUGGCAAAUAUGUACAAUUAAGGUGUAGAGUUAUAAGAGGUACUAUAGUGUGGAAUGUGGAAGUGAAGAAAAGUUUGGAGGUGUGGAUAUUGCCAGCAUCAGCUGACUGAUGGCAAUGUUCUUACCAUGUAAAGAGAGCAGCGGAAAUUUAGGAUGAUGCAUUAACUCAUCAGGGGUCAAACAUUGAAAAAAAAUUUUCACAGAGAACUUAUCUCCAAUUUAUAGAAUAGAAACCAAAUUAUUAUUACAGUAAUAUAUUUUUUGUAAUGGUCGAAUUACUGUACCAUUUUGUUCUCUUUGCCUUGUUUACAAUAUCAUUCAGUUUCUCUUAAGUAGAGGUAUAAAAGUAUUACUGUACUGUAGUGCAUGUAUUUCACUUAUUGCUGUUACUCAGUCCAGACCGGGUGUGGCAAAGGUAAAUGUAUAGUGUUUAUGUUUGUUUGUUGUGGGGAGUAGUGCACUUCCUCCACCUCAUUCAGUAGCUAUUAGAGUAAGGUUGAUAGAUAAGUAGAUGGAUUGAUAGCUGGAUAGAUAAAUGCAGGUAGGUAGAUAGGUAAAAUAUGUGGUAGAGAAGUUAUAAUAUGUAAUAAAGGGAAAAAUAAUCAGAACUUAGGAGGAAAAUACCUGUAUGAACUAAUUUUAUUGUGAAAGAGGGGCUGCGAUGCCAGAGGUUUUACCCAAUCAGUGGUGAAAGAGGGACUGAAGGUCUCUUUUGGAAGGAAGUUGGGAAGCAUAAAUAUUUGGGCACCAACACUGUGAUACUGUACUGAUAGUAUUACAUCCCUGAUUAGCUACGUUUAUUCUGCUUAAUUAAUUACAAUUACAGAAUAAAUUAUAUCUGUAAAAACUAAUUAGUUUAUCCAGGUAGACUUUUACUUCCAUCAUAUUUUUCCUACGUGCUUAAUUAAUGCUGAUUACUGUCAUGGUAAAAUCUUUAAUUGCAAUUUAACACUGCAAGUGGAAAUAUAGGGUACUACUGUAGGGGCAGGGCAGAAUGGUCAGGACAUGGUUAGGUUGUAAGAGCUAUGAGAAUCUGCACUUCACCUGGCCACAUUUGUAACAAUUGUGUGAUAAGAAAUAAAAUAUAAUUUAAUUGUU